GCACGUGUCAAAAUUGGGGAAAUUAGUUUGUGAAGGCUCUUCUUUUAGUAAUGAGAAAAGUCGACACCGAAAAGUGAUAGAAGAACAUUAUUUUAACUAUGCGGUCAGCCUGGUACUGCCUGGGUGUGAUCGUGUGCCUGCCGUCAUACUGAGUCAUCUGUGUGCAGAGAAAGCUUACUUUAUCCCAGAUCUGCCAGUCACCAUGCUCAUUGAUAAGGAGUUCAUUGAAGCAUUUGUUAAAAAAGGCGAUGUGUUUGUGAUAUCUCACGGAACACGAAUAGACUCUGAAGAUUGUGUUGCCCUUCUACCGUCAGGUCAUCUUCUUCUACACUUGACUAAGGAUACAUAUGAACAGCUAGGCUUAGAAGGGAAGCCUUCUAUAUAUGGAGGGAAAAGGCCAGGAAAAUAUGUUGUUGAAAUAGACUUGACACAGCCAUAUUUCACACCUUUGAAGAAGAAUUACCAGAGGGUCAAAAGGUGCCUAGAAGAAAAUUUUCCACUGUGCUUCAGCUUUUUGGUAAUGUGGAUCCCAAAAGACUCAAGUGUCUGUUCCAGUUCCAUAGCUGUGUACUUCGAGAAGAAAGGCUUUGACUAUAAACAGCUGAAUCUGAAACAGACAUGGAAGACUCAUAAAAACAUUGAAGUGCCUGUGAUUGACAGCUGUCAGACAGAGACCCAGGAAGAAUGUUGCGGUGUGACAGACCUGUAUGAGUGGCUAGGUUAUAUCAGCUGUAACUGUAACAUACCAGGUGGAUCAGAGGAGUACCUGUCAUCUUAUGUCUGCCCUGCCCCAGCCUCUACCCAUGCACAAUGCGUAUGUUACAGGAUAGAGGGCAUGCUGUCUACUACCACCAUUCUAACAGUUUUACAGGGCAUAAGGGAACACAUCAAGUCCUGUUCAGUCCCAUGGGCAGCUCUAACAGCUCAUGGUUUUGCAGACAGCCCUGUUUCUUGGCAGAGAAGAGAACAUGGAUUCCAGGCCUCAGGUGAAAAUUUGUUCACCUUUGUGGUAUUCCAGAACGAUGACUACUGGUUGUUCUCAGCUGUAGAUGCUGCGGAUAUUUGCCCGUGAACUUUUCAAACAGAUACCUGACACUGGGGAAAUUCAUGGUUUUUUCAACAGUGUAUGCAUUACACAGAGGUUACCAAAAGACCUGAAAAUGGUUCCAGGGUGUUGAUGAAAAAUCAGAAAGUGAAACUGAAAAAAGGAGGCAGCAGAGCUGAGCAUAAUAUUAUUGCUUCACAAUCUGAAUGCAUGGUCAGCUUUGACUUUUUGUACAUCCUGGAUACUAUGGACCCCUGACAGCUGGUGAUAGGAAUAUGUUCACGAAAAACAGACUGUUGUUUUUAUGGACAUCAACUCCAUACAUUAAUCUGUCCAACUACAUUUUAUUUAGUGUUCUAAUCUGACCAUUUGAUUAGCGCUUGAACUGCUGCUGAUUGUUGUUGUUAGCCAUGAAGCAGUAUAUGAAUGUGGAUAUCUGCUUGGAUUAGGUACAUAAAGUUUGUAUUGUUCUGUAUACAAACACUGGUAAUGUGUAUCAAGAUUAAUGUAAGCAUGCUACAUUUUACAUCCAUGUUAAGUGUAAACUAGGUGUA